AUGGGUGGCAUCAUGGACAUCUCUUUCGUGUACCGAUGGUUAAAGAACUUAAAUCUGGUCCCAAACCUCUCUGACAAGUAUGUAUUCAUCACUGGCUGUGACUCUGGCUUCGGGAACCUUCUGGCUCGGAAACUGGACAAGCGAGGGAUGCGGGUGCUGGCUACCUGCUUCACUGAGGAGGGAGCCCAGGAACUCCGAAGGGCAUGCUCCCCCCGGCUACAGAUCACCUUUUUGGACGUCACCAAGACAGAGAGCAUCAAGGCAGCAGCCCAGUGGGUGAACGCCCAAGUGGGAGAUCGAGGGCUCUGGGGUCUGGUGAAUAAUGCUGGAAUUGGCCUGCCCAGUGGCCCCAAUGAGUGGCUGACCAAGGAGGACUUUGUAAAGGUGAUAAAUGUGAACCUGGUGGGACUGAUUGAGGUGACCCUGAACAUGCUGCCAAUGGUCAAGAGGGCCCGGGGCAGAGUCAUCAACAUGUCCAGCAGUGGGGGCCGAGUGGCAGUCAUUGGCGGUGGUUACUGCGUCUCCAAGUUUGGUGUGGAGGCCUUCUCUGACAGCAUCAGGAGGGAGCUCUAUUAUUUUGGAGUGAAGGUCUGCAUCAUUGAGCCUGGAAACUACCGGACCUCCAUUUUGGGCAAGGAGGACAUCGAACAACGCAUGCGACACCUAUGGGAGCGGCUGCCCCAGGAGACAAAGGAUAGCUACGGAGAACAGUACUACUACCUUUACACUAAAAACUUAAAAAAUUUGACCAGACUGGCAGAACCGAAAAUCAGUGAGGUCACAAACUGUAUAGAGCACGCUCUUACCUCUCGAAGUCCCCGGAUCCGCUACAAUCCUGGCCUGGACGCCAAACUUCUCUACAUCCCACUGGCCAGCUUCCCCACACCACUGACGGACUUCAUUCUGAGCCGAUACCUCCCAAAGCCAGCAAACAGUGUACUAUGAGACACUGAGAAAAGGGUAUUGGGGUCUGGUAAGGUGCAUGGAAGUCUCAGUGUGGCUGAGCAUGAGGAGCCAUUUUCUUCAGCUGAAACUUUCACCCCCAGAACUUUUUAUGCCCCUCAGAAUGAGCUCUCACCAAGCCAAUGCUUAAUGCAAACCUAGCAUAGCAUUCCCAGGUUCAGAAACCCCACCAUGAUGCUGGGAAGCCACAAGAGUAUAAUAAUAACCUACAUUUGCACAGUAUUUUCUUGGUUUACAAAGCACUUUCUUCACAAUAACCUUAUGAGGCAGAUGGUAAAGUAUUAUUCUCUCAAUUUUACAGAUAAACUGAGACUCAGAAAAUUGAAACGAUUUGUCCAAGUUUGCACAUUUAGUCAGUAGCAGAGGUAGGAGCCAAACCUAGGUCUUCAGAUUCUACAACUAGUGGUCUU